AUGCCACCUGGCGGCAGUUCGAUUUCAACAACGGCACCAUUUGUAACUCCAAAGUCACGAAAACGCGAAACAUUGCAUUAUCUAGCUGCUAGUUCAUCGACAACUGCCGUUGAUGCUGCUAGAGCACUUCUCGAGAAAGGCGCGAAUCCGAGAGCCGUUGACAAAGAUGGCCUGACGCCACUUCAUUAUGCCUGCGCCCAUGACAAUGUCGCAAUGGCGCAAUUACUGCUCACAUUCGGCAGUGAUCCAAUGAGUACUGAUAAACUUGGAAGAACAUGUAUAGCUGUAGCAAAAGGGAAUACGUUAAGAUUUUUAAGAAGAUAUCAGAAAAAGGACAAACACCAGAGGCUUGGAAUAUUUCGCAGAUUUUUCGCGUGUCAUUCUCGCCAUGAUACUACUUUUUUCAUUGUUAGAGAGGGCGUCGAGUCUUCGGAAAAUCCUCAAACGAUUCUCGCAACGAAUUCAUCAAUAUCAUUUAAUCGCGGAAACGCGAUUACACGGAGUUAUCGGCAUGCGAAGAAGAAGAUCCGAGCAACUAUUGGCGUUUUCUCAAGGGCACAUGUGAGGAGCCGAGCGAAUAGCGAAGCUCAGCUUCAAGAUGUUGUUAUGACAUCGGAAGGAUUGAAAAAGGUUGAAACGCCGACAAGAGAAGCAACCGCGUUUCGAGCGAAACGAUCAAUGUCAACAUCAGAUGUUCGGGCGCCAAUUCCAACGAGGAAAGAUAUUCGCGAAGAAGAGGCAAUGAAUAAACGAGGCCGAAAACCUAGUCUCUAUCCUAGGCUAGAAACUCCAAAUGAUGUGACACCGCGAAGAGCCAGAGGGGGACGUUCGAAAACGCCGGAAAUUCUUGGAAGUGGCACGGUGGCUGCGAGAAUUAAUAGAGCGAAACGAUCGAGAAGUCAAGAUGGUGUUUUGAUGGUGCCGCAGGCUUAUGACCCGAAUGCUUUUUAUCAUACGGAACGCGCAAAGCGAGCAGGACUUCGUCCGCGGCCAUCGGCUCCGCCACUAAGCGCGGACCCGUCUCCAGAGCCACCGGCAAAUCGAAAAUCACAUAACUCGACGGCGUAUUUUACCGCUGAUGAAGGUCUCGAGGAGGAGUUUGGCGAAUUGGCAAUCAACGGGAAUGACAACACAAUGCGAACGCCGACCAAUCGCGAGAAUAGUUUUGUCGAUGAUGGCGAGAGGCGGAAAAUCAAGAGGCUCAAAGAUAGUGAGCUCAGAAAAGAGUUGAUGAAGUUUGGCAUUUCGCCAGCAGGUCCACUAGAUGCCAGAACUCGCCGCUUGUACGAGAAAAAGUUGAUGUCGGAGCGUCAGAAAAUCGCAUCGCGUGGAUAUUCGCCCGAUGAUGAUCGCUUCAAAUCGAAAUUCUCGCCUCAACUGGAACUUGUCUUAAAAACUGGAACGAUUCCGUCGGAUUUUCUCGCUCGAGCCAAACAAUACGAUGAGCAAGUUCGCGUAGAAUUCAGCGGAAAUGGCUACGGCUAUACGGCGUUUUGCUAUUUGCUCAUGGAUCCGAGAAUUCUUGGGCAGAAUCCCGAAACGAUCACAUUCGCCAAUUUUGUCGAUUCGAUUUUCUAUGUUGGGAAAGGCAGCAAGAAUCGCCCGUUGCAACACUUCAUCGAUGCGAGAAACGCGAGAAAAGAGAAUUCGGAGAAGUUGAAGACCAGCGAAAAACUGAAGACAAUCAAUGAGCUGUGGACAUUGGGCUAUGGAAUUCCGAGACAUGAAAUUGGGCACGGAAUAUCGGAUGAGGAGGCGUUUGUCUAUGAGGCGUCGAUAAUGGAAGCGAUUCAAAUAAGGAAUUUGAGUAAUCGGAAGGGCGGCGAAUUCCAUGGACCGACGAAAAAAUGGGACCAAAUAGCCAAAUCGGAAUAUGGUGUUUUUCUUCUAGACCGAGCGCUGAAAACGCUGAAAGUGUCUGGAAUUCGCUACAUUCAAGAGGAGAAUCUUCCGGAGAACUUGUAUCCAUUUGUUAAUAAUCGCCGAGGUGUUUGCACAUCGCCAAAGAUGGAUGACCUGAACCUCAUUGACAUAUUGUUCAAGCUCGUGAUACCAACGACGACGUUCGUGCUGUACGCGGCGACACAAUGCGGUAAAAAAAAGAACACAUCCGAAUCGGAGACGAGCGAGAUGGGCGGUAGCGAGGCGUCGAAGAAGGCGGGCGGCGCAGCCGGCGGUGUGCCGGGUCCGGCGAUUCCCGGUGCGCCGCACGCGCCUGCCGCCGGCGCCGGCGGAAUGGCCGGCACCCACGAUCCCAACUAUCAGACAUUGGCCGGCAUCGACAACAACGUGUUCGGCAACAAGGGCGGACCGGCGGCGGCUCCAGCGGCCGCUGCCGCUGGUGGUCCGAAGCCGCCGGCGGCCGGCGGAAUGGCCGCCACACACGAUCCCAACUAUCAGACGCUCGCCGGUCUCGACAACAACGUCUUCGGCAACAAGGGUGGUGGUGGUGGCGCACCGGCUGCCGCUCCCGCUGGACAGAAACCUGGAAUGGCGGCGACUCACGAUCCCAACUAUCAGACACUGGCCGGACUUGAUAACAACGUGUUCCAGAAGAAUGCUGGCGGCGGUGGAGCGGCACCAGCCGGCGGACCUGCGCCACCUGCGAAUCCCGGAGCGAAAGCGGCCACUCAUGAUCCAAACUAUCAGACGCUCGCUGGAUUAAACAAUGAUGUCUUCGGCGCCGACAAGAAGGGAGCUGGAGGUGGCGGCGGUGGAGGCGGACCAGGAAAACCGAUUCAACCAGCCAACAAGAACGCCAAAGCCGGAACAAUGGAUCCCAAUUAUCAAACUCUCGCUGGAAUCGGCGGCGAUGUGUUCGGUGCCGAUAAGAAAGUGGCCGGUGGCGGUGGCGCUGCCGGUGGCAAGAAACCGAUUCAACCAGCAAACAAGAAUGUCAAGGCCGGAACAAUGGAUCCCAACUAUCAGACUCUUGCUGGAAUCGGCGGCGACGUGUUCGGUGCCGAUAAGAAGAAAAAGUAA